AUGGGGAUGUUUGGGAAUGGGUAUGGAGUGGUAGAGGGGGGGAUGGGGUGUGGUGAGAGGGUGGUGGAUAAUAGGGGGGGAAGAGUGGUUGGGGGGGUUUGUGAUGUGUGUUGGGGUGGUGUGUGUGUGGGUUGGUGUGAGGGGGGGUGUUGUGUGUAUGGUUGUGUGUGUUGGGUGUUGGGGGUGUGUGUGGUUGAUUUGGUGGGUGUGGUGUGGGGGGUGGUUGGUGGGUUUUGUUGUGUGUUGUGGUGGUGUGUGGGGUUUGUGGUGUGUGAGUUGUGUUGUGGGGUGUGUUUUGGUUGUUGUGGGUGUGUGUUGUGUGUGGGGGUUGUUGUGUGUGGUGUUGUGUUUGUUUUGUUUGUGUUGGUGGUGUGGUGGUGUUUUGGGGGUGUUGUGUGGGUUUGUGGGUUUGUGUGGUGUUGGUAUUGUGUGUUUUUUGUGGUGGUGUUGGGGGGGGUGUGGGGGGUGGUUUUUGUGGGGGGGGGGUUGGAUUGGGUGGGAGGAGAUAAGGGGGUUGUUUAG